GAAACAAGAAUUAAAAAUUCCGAAACAAGGAUCUAAGAUCUCGAAAUCGAAACAAAUGCAAAAUCAAAUAAAUAAUUUUACUCAAAGCUGAAUUUUAUAAAAGUUGAAAUUUAAAAGAGUGAAUGACCUGUGGAAGUUUAUUGAAAUAAUAUGGCUGUUUUGACACUCCAAGCUAUAAUAAAUUUUGGUACAUUAGUCUUAAUUCGUAGCUGUACUCCGCUGAUGUUGCAUUUUGCUGCAAUAAAUCUUCAUUCAUUCAGUCUUGUUGUAGUUUUUAAAUGUUGGAUCACAUUUACACUGUUUUUACUUAGUGCUUUAUGGUUUGUUCGUACAGAUCAAGAUGUUAAGAAAGAAUUUAUUACAAAUCUUCGUGAUUUAUCUUUAUAUGGAAGACUUAUUGUAAUUGGGAUUAUUCAAAGUGGAUUGCCAUUUUUAUUACUUGUGUAUAGUAUUCAAUAUUUUCCACCUACUUUGAUUGGAGUAGCAAUUGCGUCGCCUCCUUGGUGGAUUCUUCUUAUUGAAAGAUUACCAUUUAUUGGGCUAAGUGAUAAUAUUCAUUGGAUAAAAAAAUGUUCAAUAUUGCUUGGUUUAAUUGGAAGUAUUAUUACUUAUUUUCCGAUACUUGUGCAAUCUAUUGCUUGUUUUCCAGUCCAUUCUUCAAUUGUAAAAAUUAAUGGCUCUUAUGAUAUCCUUAAAAUCAAUACUAAUCAACAAUUGUAUUAUGAUUCGUGUCUAUCAGGAAAAGAGUUAUGUUUGGGUUCGAUAGCACUCAUCUUGGCACCUAUUGUUUUAGGAAUCGCUACUGUUUUUUGGAAAAUGCAUCAGAAAAAUACACAUUACUUAGUUUCAAGUAUUGGUCAAAAUGGAUUUGGUGGAUUGUUAGCAUUUUUUAUUUGGUUGAUAUCAGGGGAGGUUCUCAACAAGGAGCAGAUAGUCUGGAAUUCUUUUGAACUAAUUCCAAGUAUUUUAUUUUUGGGCAUUGCGACAGGUUGGUUGGCUACAUUGUUAUUGCACAAUUUGUUUUUGGAUGUUGGAGUGUUAGUUGCUAUCCCUACAUUGAUUCCUGUUCCCUUCCUAUCAUUUUUUAUGGAUUGUUUGUUUGCUAAAAGUGUUGUCUUAUCAGCUACAUGGGUCAUAGUACUAGUCGUAAUAGGUUUGGUAAUCAUAACUGCUGCUAUUUGUCUUGCCAAUUUACCGGUUAACGAAAGUGUUGGUAAUCAUUAUCAGGAUCUUACACAACCAUUACUUUCUGACAGUGCUACUAAUGAUGGUCUUGGUACUAGUCGUGCUGCUCAAAAUAAUGUUCACAACGAGUCCUCUAACGAAGAGAGCGAUCAUGAAGAAGAAAUCAUGAUAGACAAUCAAAAUAUGCAUCCAUCGCUACCACCAUUAAUGGCAGUUACGUGAUAUUUUUUUGUAGCCUUUCUAAACUUUACCGCAUUCUUUAAUUACUGUGUUUUGCACAAAUGCAUGCUUUACGGAUUCUUCGAUUAUUUUGAAGUUUCAAAAGUUUAUUAGAUUUAAGUUUAAAUUAAAAAAAAGAUUUUCAGGUCAAAUGAUGUUCCGUAGUUUUGUAUUAGCUUCAACAUUGUGAAGUCUGCUAAAUAUUUGUAGUCUUGAAUGUUUUAAGAGUACUUUUGUAUAAAGUUCGAAAUGUAAAUGUAAAAAAAAGUUCGAGAUGUAAAUUUAAAAAAAGAUUUUUUAAAUCAACUUUCAGUUUUUCAAAAUUUCAAAAUGUAAAUAUUUUGUUUACUAACUCUGUUUUUUAUUUUUUGAGUCAUUAAAUUUUUUGUCUUAAAUGAAUUCCUUGAAUGAAGUCGUUGCGAUUCGUUCUUAGCACUUUCUUUUAGUUUAAAAAUAUUUAUUUGUUUUCUACUUUGAA